AUAGUGAGCUCUUUAAAGCGAUUCUUUGGACAAGAAAGGCUGGCGGAUGAAAUGGACAAUCCAAGGUUGACGCACUAUAUCGCUGAACAUGCACACCCUUCUCUUCAAAUGGCUUGCCAAGACCUAGAGUUUUCGAUAUCACGAGUGAAUAAUGUUAUCACAAAGCUCAUCAAUGAACAGGGAAAGAAUCUUGACAAGGACUAUGCCACUUUAGACCGCCUAGUGACGGUUCUUCAAAAUCAUCUAGCUAUGGUUGCAGUAAUCUCUAGGUCAUCACGAUCAUAUUCUAUAGGACUUCGAAAUAGUGAUAUCGAAAUAGCCUGGUCUACUUUCAUAUGCUCAAAGUUAUCGCGAGAAAACUGGUUUCUGCUCAAGGAACUUGACGAUUACUUCGGGCUACUUCGGCUAAAUCCUUCGUUGCUUAAUGUUGGAAGAGCUGUAUUUGAUAUGGGUGGUUAUCAAAUAGAAUCACCGUUAGAACGAAAUUGGUAG